AUUUCUUGCUGUUUGGUUAAUUCUGUUGGUUUGUUUGUUUUUUUCAGAUCAGAGAUCUUAAAGUGUCCAGUUCCUUCACAAGGUAACUCAGAACAGAAGACAAAUGCAGCUGUGGAAGGACAAGAUAUCUUAUCACUUAUACAGCAAGAUAGAAGUUCACCAACUGGUGGUGCAGGAAUAUUGGAAAAUGUGGAAGAUCAGAUGUUUCGUUCUGUGGAAGGCCAGGCUGCGUCUGAUGAAGAGGAAGAGAAAUGGAUAGGAGACCAGCAAUCCCAAAUGGCUGAAGUGAAGAAACUCCUAGCUAGUUUUCCUUGUUGCAGUAGUGGAUGUGAUGACACAACCAUGAAGCAGCUGAGAUCACCCUUCGGAAAUGCCAGUAGCAGUGGCCAUGAAGACUCCCUUGUGAAAUUAGUCCAGCGACUCUCAAAGUUAAAAGAAGACUUUGAGAUGAAAGGGCAGGAAGAGAAGGCCCUGGAAACAAAUAUGGAAGAGACAAAAGUCCCAUUGCUAGGGGAACUACAGCAGAAGGCAGAGGAGUCUGAAUUGAUGAAGAUGGAAUUCCAGAUGUUGGAGACAGAGAGAGUAAGGCUGUCACUGGUGGAAGAAAAGCUCUUGGAUGUUUUACAGCUGCUUCAGCAACUCCGGGACCUGAACAUUUCUAAGCGCACCUUGGGGAAAAUCUUACUGAACACUUUGGAAUCCUGCUGUGACUCCCAACAUGGAAAACCACCUAUUGUUGAAGUCUUAGAUGCUCUCUACCAUGAACUGGCUGCCUGCAAACUCACUGGAAACAAGUCCCUUGAGAAAACACCAGGACACCAGUCUUUGUCAAGCUCUUUGGUUAUUUCCUGUUGAGCAACAUUGCCCUCUAUUGUGUGUUGUGAUCAUCACCAUGGGUUCAAAAAUUACAAUGCAAAAUCAUGGAGUGUUCUGCCAUCUAUGAAAUGGUCCAGUGCAAAAGAUGGAAUGGUAAAAGCAAUGGUAUAAAUAUAAAGAGAUAGGCAAAUGGAACAGAAAGUCCAGGAUUAUCAGUAAGGACUGGCAGUGGGAUGAGAUUUUGAGGGAUGAGUCUUUUGUCCUUUCUCAUGGGUCUUUAUACAAUUGGAUAUGCUUGGAGUUUAAAUUUGAGAACCUAUACAUGUACAACAUAUAUCUAAAACCUGCUAUUAUGUACAAUAUUCCCAAAGUCUCAAAAAUUCUCAUUUAAUGUGUAAGUAAAUUUUAUCCAGGUGAUUGCUCAGUUCUCAUGACAUUAUUUAAGUGGCACCUGAAAUCUUCAUCUUACCUGUAUCAUUAAUACACUACAGGUAGUCCUCGCUUAAUGACCCUAAUUGGGACAGGCAACUCCAUUGCUAAGCAAAGUGGUUGUUAAGUUAAACAUCAUGUAACUGCCCCACUUAGUGAUGGCAGUUCCAGCAGUCCUGGUUGUGAUUGGUAAGCAACCCACGGUC